AUUAGAACGUGCCACGCAACCAUUUCAAAGUGAGCUAAUGUAGUCCCGCGAGACAACCUACCAAUUUUUAAACAUAAAAACUACUAUUCUUGCGCUUCUUCACUGCCAUCAUCGUCUUCUUCUUCUUCUUCUUGGCCCUCCCGCGCAUGGACUCCUCCGAGCUCGACCUCGCCGUCAAUGGCGACCACAAACCCCAGCUCCCUUCCAAGAGAUCUCUUCUUCCCCCAUUGCCCUAAUGAAGACGAAGGUGAUGAGGUUCUCUUCUCUGAGUACCUGUCUUCCGUUUCUUCAUCCCUUGACCUCAUCCCCGCCCCUAGCAAGCGGUCUCGCUCCGAUGAGAUGGUGCGAGUCUCAUCUUCCGAUGAUGCUUUUUAUAGGAGCUUGGUUCGCCGGACUCGCAUCACUUACGACUCCCUCCGGUCUCUAAUCGCGGCUGAGGAACGCCGGCUCACCCCUGGCCAUCGUCGCCGCGCUGAUCUGGUCGCUGGAGCGAAGAUGAAGCGCCUUGGUCUGUGGCUUCACCGAGAUAAACGGAUUAUCGGUUCCAUCCCCGGCGUUAGCGUCGGCGAUGUCUUCUUUUACCGCGUUGAGAUGAUGACCGUCGCCGUUCAUGGGCAUAUUCAGGCCGGGAUUGACUAUGUGUGCCCUCGUGGAGGUAAUGGCUGCUUUCCGAUUGCCACUAGCGUCGUCCUCUCCGGUGGCUACGAGGACGAUGACGACCAGGGCGAUGUCAUCAUCUACUCCGGCAGCGGUGGUCGCAAGAAGAACGACGUCUCCACUACUGCUCCACAGAGCCUCAGCCGUGGCAACCUCGCACUGGAGAAGAGCAAGGAGUUUGGCAUCGAGCUCCGCGUCAUUCGCGGCUUCACCUUCGAUCGGAGCCCCAGUGGCCGGGUGUACGUCUACGACGGGCUCUACAAGGUCAUCGAUUCAUGGCCGGACGCCGGCAAGUCAGGGUUCGGGGUUUACAAGUUCAAACUUCUCCGGAUUGAGGGGCAAGAACCAAUGGGCAGCGUCGUCCUUCAAUUGGCCAUGGAUCUCAAGACCAAGAUCUUGAAAUCCAGUCCCAGUGGUUAUCUCUGCCAGGAUAUCUCCAAUGGUCAAGAGCGAUAUCCCAUUUCGCUCUUCAAUGACAUUGACAACGAUAAGGAGCCAUUGCUGUUCGAGUAUGUAUGCAAACCAGAGUACCCAUCCAUUGUCUUCCAAGAAACCAUGGAGAUGAAAAGAAGAAAUGGCUGCAGAUGUGUUGAGAAUUGCUGUGCGAGUUGUGCUUGCAUUAAGAGGAAUGGGGGUGAGUCCGCUUAUGAUGGAAAUGGCCUUCUCUUGAGGGGAAAGCCAUUGGUAUAUGAGUGUGGAACUUCUUGCCGGUGCCCACCUAGCUGCCCCAAUAGAGUGAGCCAGAAGGGGCUCAGGCAUCAGCUGGAGGUUUUCCGGUCAAAGGAAACAGGAUGGGGUGUUCGAUCAUUGGAUGUGAUUCGUGCAGGAGAAUUCAUCUGUGAGUUCACUGGGAAAGUUCGCACUGAGGAUCAAUUGGAGGCUGUUAUGAGGAAUGGUGGCAGUCUAGUGUAUCCGAGCUUGUUUCCGGCGAGGUGGAGGGAAUGGGGAGACAUUUCUGAUGUUGUUGGAGAUUACAAACCCCAUGGUUUCUCUUCUUACAUGAAAUUGAGCUUUGCAGUGGAUGUAACAAGGAAGAGGAAUGUGGCUUGCUACUUGAGCCACAGUACCAGGCCCAAUGUUUUUGUGCAGAUGGUGCUGCAUGAUCACUACAAUGAGAUGUUUCCUCAUCUCAUGGUCUUUGCAAUGGAGAACAUCCCUCCACUCAGGGAGCUCAGCAUUGAUUAUGGCAUUGAGAUGGAUAAUUUUGUGGACUGAUGAUCAAUGUCACUAGCAUCGAUCUUUUUGGUGGUUUGUCGAUGCGAGAAUGAAAUGAAAGUAUAAUGACUACUACAUCAUCUGCUGGUACAGCUGGUAAGUGCUUUAUCAUGAUUUUGUUGUCUGUUAUAUAAGCUAGUAAGUUUUUGAAACUUGAAAUAGCUUUUGUAAAUACAUGCUGAUGUGAAAAUGUUCUGGUAAAACAGAAGAGCUAUUACUAUCUUGUCCAUUACAUAUGAUCAUGUUCAUAUUUGUUUACAUAGAUGAUAUAUUUACAUGAACUUUUAAAUGGUGUUCACACUGUUAUGUUUUCCCCUGUUUCCAAAAUACUUGUUAAUUUAGAAAACUCAAGUUUGUACUUUUGGAAAUUGUUAAAGAAGGAAAAUAGUUAUCCCUGUAAGGAUGUUUUUAGUCUGAACCAGAAAUAGCAUUGGUUUUUAUUGCUUGUAAUCAUGUGAACUAAGAGUUCUGGUGAUCAUGACAUCUAUUUAAUCACUCUU